AUGGCCAAUGCAAUUGGAUCCGUCUUUCGCGAUUUCUGGCAUACUAUGACCAGCAAUGACCGACACUCUUCCUUUGAUUCACCGCAACGAACGGGUCGCCAUGUCCCUCUUCAGAAUGGCCGCAACAUCAUGACUGGUAUCGCAACCGCAUCCGACUCUCGAGCCGACAUCCAUAGCCCGUACUUUGACGAUUCUCGGGCGCCCUCUGUGCAAGGCUCGCCUACCAACGGCACCCGAGGAUACUCGCCCGGCCUCCGAUCGCAAAACGUAAAUAAGGAUGGUUUCGAAGUUCAGUCGCCUGGUGACGUAGCCAUGCAGUCAUUUGAGAAUGGCCUGCCCCCGCCGCCCCCUGUUGCACACUCUUGGAGGCGCAUAGACGCAUGGGCUGAGGAGAACUACCCAGAGCUGUUUGACCAGCUGUGUGAGGGUGCCACAAACAACGACCUCAAUGAUUUGGAGCACCAAUUGGAUUGCUCGCUGCCUCAAGAUGUCCGCGAGUCUCUCAUGAUUCACGAUGGUCAGGAGCGAGGUGGAAUGCCCUCGGGUAUCAUUUUCGGCUCCAUGUUGAUGGACUGUGAGGAAAUUCCCCAGGAGUGGGAGACGUGGCGCCAGGUGAACCAGCAGUUCAUGCUGGAUGCCGCUGCCAACAAGCCGCCGACCCCAUCGGGUAGCGAGGCGUCCUCGUCCAAGCAGCGACCUGGCUCGUCUUCGUCAUCAAACGGCCCCGGCGAAUGGAGACAGAAUCUCUUGGCCAAGCAGACCUGCAUUCCUCCCAACACCGUCCAGAAAGCAUACGCACACUCCGGCUGGAUUCCUCUUGUCCGUGACUGGGGUGGCAACAACUUGGCUGUUGAUCUUGCCCCCGGACCGGCUGGUCGAUAUGGCCAGAUUAUCCUCUUUGGUCGUGACUACGAUACCAAAUACGUAGUUGCUCGCUCUUGGGCGGCAUUCCUUGCCGUGGUGGCUGACGACCUCAACAGCGGCAAGUGGUUCGUGGACGAAGAGACUAACGAGCUCAAGCUACGAGAAUUCAAAGACGCACGAGUUGAGCCUUCUUACUUCAAUAUUCUCCGAUGGAGAAUGGACCAGAAGCACGGUCGCCGCGCCGCCGCAGCCCGACGACAGUCACAGGGACCCACCUCCCAGACAGCUUCCAAGAGCAACUCGCCUCUGGGCUCUAGAUCAGCCUCUCCCUAUGCCAACCCCCAAGACUCAGCCGGUGACACCCGUGGUCGGUCUUUGCAGCGACUUCGCGACUCCGCUCCUCUUACUAGCCCCAUGAGGAACGGUCUCGGCAAACCUCAGGCUCCUCUUCUCAGCCGCGUAACGGAGGAGGCAACAAUUGAGCUUACCGAUGCUGUUAUCGAGCCUAGCACUUUGGUUGACGUGGAGGAUGAUGAUGACUCACCGCGAAACAGCGAGGAGGGCAAGCGUCCAACAGUCACAACACUUGAGCGGACAUCAUCAGACUUGGCCAAGGACAAGGGCAAGGAAGUCGAGGUUCCCAAGGCAACCAGCAAGACCCCCGAGGUUGUUAUUGAUGACACCAUGAAGGAAAUUGAGAUUUAG